AUGGAGUCAGACCUUGCAGACAAGCUAGAUAAAUUUAAACUCUCAGAGAAGGAAGAGGAGGAUGUGGAACUGCUAGUCGACAAUAUCGCACCGGGACUUCGUGAGUGUCAACUUAGUUUAAUAGGCCAGAGUUACGGAGACAAACGCAAUAACUUCAAUGGGCUACAAAGGACCCUCAACAACAUAUGGAUUACCCGAAAACCUUUUAAGAUUAGACCGUUGGGGUUCAACAAAUACCAGUUUAUGUUUGAACUCGAAGAGGACAGAGACAGAAUAUUGCAAGGCAAGUCCUGGACAUUUGACGGUCAAUACCUACUCCUCAAGCUAUGGCAUCCUCAACAGUUGGAUUUUUCUGAGGAAGAGAAAGUUAUAAAAGUGUGGGUUCACCUUAUUAACCUCCUACUCCAUUGGACGAUUGUUGACUCUGCCUGGAAAAUCGGAAAGAAGUUAGGAAAGGUGCUUGACGUCCAAGUCCCAAGGACAGGAAACAAUAAUAUUGAAGUCACCAAGUUUUGA